AGAGGAAGUGACGUCUCAGCUGUGCGUCUGUGAGGCGCCCAUUUCUGAACCCGCGCGGCCGUCGGUUGAGGAUGAAUAGCCGGCUGCAGGAGAUCCGGGAGAGGCAGAAAUUGCGUCGGCAGCUCCUGGCUCAGCAGUUGGGGGCCGAAAGUGCUGAUAGUAUUGGUGCAGUGUUGAAUAGCAAAGAUGAGCAGAGAGAGAUUGCUGAAACAAGAGAAACUUCCAGGGCUGCUUAUGAUACGUCUGCAUCAAAUGCCAAACGCAAAUACCCAGAUGAAGGAGAAGCAGACGAAGAGGAAAUAGAAGAAUAUAAGGAUGAAGUAGAGCUGCAACAAGAUGAAGAAAACCUGCCGUAUGAGGAGGAAAUUUACAAGGACUCCAGUACUUUCCUUAAGGGAACCCAAAGCUUAAAUCCUCACAAUGAUUAUUGCCAGCACUUUGUGGAUACUGGGCACAGACCUCAGAACUUCAUCAGAGAUGUGGGCUUAGCAGAUAGAUUUGAAGAAUAUCCGAAGCUUCGGGAGCUCAUUAGGUUGAAGGAUGAGCUAAUAUCUAAAUCCAACACGCCUCCAAUGUAUCUGCAAGCUGACUUGGAAGCUUUUGAUCUUCGUGAACUCAAGUUCAAGUUUGAUGUGAUUCUUAUGGAGCCACCUUUAGAAGAAUACUACAGGGAGACUGGAAUUACAGCUAAUGAGAAAUGCUGGACUUGGGAUGAUAUUAUGAAGCUAGACAUUGAAGAACUUGCUGCUCCGCGAUCAUUUGUCUUUCUGUGGUGUGGUUCUGGGGAGGGUCUGGAUCUUGGCAGAGUGUGCUUGCGUAAAUGGGGCUAUCGAAGAUGUGAGGAUAUCUGUUGGAUCAAAACCAAUAAAAACAACCCUGGGAAGACUAAAACUCUGGACCCUAAGGCUGUCUUUCAAAGAACAAAGGAACACUGCCUAAUGGGUAUUAAAGGAACUGUCCGCCGUAGUACAGAUGGAGACUUUAUCCACGCAAAUGUUGACAUUGACUUAAUUAUCACAGAAGAGCCAGAAAUUGGUAAUAUAGAGAAACCAGUGGAAAUCUUUCAUAUCAUUGAACAUUUUUGUCUUGGGAGAAGACGGCUUCAUCUCUUCGGACGGGACAGCACAAUCCGACCAGGCUGGCUGACAGUGGGACCCACAUUGACCAACAGUAACUUCAAUGCAGAAACAUACACUUCUUACUUCACUGCUCCAAAUUCCCACCUCACUGGCUGUACCGAAGAGAUUGAGAGACUCCGACCUAAAUCACCGCCACCCAAAGACCGGGGAGGCGGUGCCCCAAGGGGUGGGGGAAGAGGUGGAACUUCAGCCGGCCGAGGAGAAAGGGGAAGGGAGAGAAAUAGAACGAAUUUCCGGGGGGAAAGGGGUGGAUUCCGGGGUGGACGGGGUGGCGCCCAUCGGGGAGGCUUCCCUCCUCGCUGAACGCAUUCCACUUUCAAUGUUGUCCUGCCUUAAUGCUACCAAUUAUCUGUAUUUUUAAACCAUUGUUUCCAAAUUAUUUUUUAAACAGUCACUAUGCAUGCGCCCCAUUGCAGUCCUUUCACACUCCACAGUUAUAUGUUUUGAUUCCGCUUUAGCAACUAUAAUCCUUUCUAUGAAAACUCAGGAUUUGCAAUUUAGAAUUCUUAGCCAGAGAGUUCAUGCAUUUCAACGAACUACAAAUCUCAAGAUUGCAUAGGGUGUAUCCAUGCUUAUUAAAGUGGAUACAUGUGGAACCAUGGCACUAUAACUGUGUAAUGUUAAAGAGUCAUUAGACAUGAACAGCAUUCUGUUUGAGGAGCAGUAUUCAGAACUUCUGAUUUGGUCUCCAUUUUCCUAAUUUUUAAAAACUUUAAAAGUUUUAAUCAUAGUAGCUAAACCAGUGGUUCUCAACCUAUGGGUCCCCAGGUGUUUGGGCCUACAACUCCCAGAAAUCCCAGUCAGUUUCCAGCUGUAAAGAGUUCUGGGAGUUGAUGGCCAAAACAUCUGGGGACCCACAGGUUGAGAACCACUGAGCUAAACACUCAACAGUUAAUCAUUUGUCCAACUGACAAGCCUUCCUAGUCUGGCACACUUCAGGUUUAUUGGACUACAACUUUAACCUGUGGUGUAUUGGAUGGAGAUUGUCGUAGUUGAUGCCCAAUACAUUUGGAAGGUGAUAGAUAGGGGAGGUUUUUCUAGACACAUUUUCUUUUUGGGCCAAUGACAUCCAGCUCCACUUCCCCCUAGCAAUAAUAGGAAAUGGGUUACAUUUUAAAUGUCUUUAAUGAUUUGUGUAAAAUAUUUUUUAAAGUUGUCGAAGGCUUUCAUGGCUGGAAUCACUAGGUUCUUGUAGGUUUUUUCGGGCUAUAGGGCCAUGUUCUAGAGGCAUUUCUCCUGACGUUUCGCCUGCAUCUAUGGCAAGCAUCCUCAGAGGUAGUGAGGUUGAUGGUAUUGCUCUUUCUGGCUCUGGAGCCUGCUUUGAUGUUGUAGCUUCUCUAUAGAUGGUUCUAUAAUACGAUGUUAUCCACUUUGGACCUGUUGUAGAUGGUGGAACUGGUCUCUCUUUCGGCUUGGUCUCUGGCUCUUGACGCUGCUUUGACGCUGCAGGUUUGUCCAUGAUGUUUCGAUAAUUGCUCACUCCCUUUGGAACAGGUAUUGGCUGCAAACUUGCUGCCGGAGUCUUGGAGUUUUGCCCAGUUGACUCGCCUGCAUCUAUGGCAAGCAUCCUCAGAGGUAGUGAGGUUGAUGGUAUUGCUCUUUCUGGCUCUGGAGCCUGCUUUGAUGUUGUAGCUUCUCUAUAGAUGGUUCUAUAAUACGAUGUUAUCCACUUUGGACCUGUUGUAGAUGGUGGAACUGGUCUCUCUUUCGGCUUGGUCUCUGGCUCUUGACGCUGCUUUGACGCUGCAGGUUUGUCCAUGAUGUUUCGAUAAUUGCUCACUCCCUUUGGAACAGGUAUUGGCUGCAAACUUGCUGCCGGAGUCUUGGAGUUUUGCCCAGUUGACUCGCCUGCAUCUAUGGCAAGCAUCCUCAGAGGUAGUGAGGUUGAUGGUAUUGCUCUUUCUGGCUCUGGAGCCUGCUUUGAUGUUGUAGCUUCUCUAUAGAUGGUUCUAUAAUACGAUGUUAUCCACUUUGGACCUGUUGUAGAUGGUGGAACUGGUCUCUCUUUCGGCUUGGUCUCUGGCUCUUGACGCUGCUUUGACGCUGCAGGUUUGUCCAUGAUGUUUCGAUAAUUGCUCACUCCCUUUGGAACAGGUAUUGGCUGCAAACUUGCUGCCGGAGUCUUGGAGUUUUGCCCAGUUGACUCGCCUGCAUCUAUGGCAAGCAUCCUCAGAGGUAGUGAGGUUGAUGGUAUUGCUCUUUCUGGCUCUGGAGCCUGCUUUGAUGUUGUAGCUUCUCUAUAGAUGGUUCUAUAAUACGAUGUUAUCCACUUUGGACCUGUUGUAGAUGGUGGAACUGGUCUCUCUUUCGGCUUGGUCUCUGGCUCUUGACGCUGCUUUGACGCUGCAGGUUUGUCCAUGAUGUUUCAAUAAUUGCUCACUCCCUUUGGAACAGGUAUUGGCUGCAAACUUGCUGCCGGAGUCUUGGAGUUUUGCCCAGUUGACUCGUUUUGCCCAGGCUGCCGGCGCAUGGAAACUGGAACAGCUGGUGGAGCUGGUGUUAAUUUGGGCUGUGUAAAGAGGGAGUCCUCUGAUGUUGUACGAUUAUCAUCAAAAUUCUGAUAAUGAACUAUUUUUUAAAGGCUGGUUAAUGAUACGUGGAAAGCAAAGAACAAGACUGCUAUGAGUAUUUCUAUAUGUCUGUAUAGCAACAUAUUGUUUGCCUAGAGUUAAAUCAGUUGUUACACCCAACUGGAGUAAAUGCAACAAAAUGAAAAAGAUUUGUUAGUCCCUCACUAUAUAAAUCCCCUUUCCACCUUUAGAAGGGAGAUUUUGACAAAUCCUGUGGAUCCCUCCCAGAGAGUGCAGCUUUGUCAUUUAACUUUGGCUAAAAUGCUGCUUGAAAAAACCAAGCCUAUUUGCCAUUAUUAUAGUGAAAUGCUAUUUUCCAAUGUAAAUAUCAAUAGGAGGAAGAGUGGAUUUUUUGGCGCAGAUAAUAUCCCUGUAGAGAGUUUGGUGUCAUUAUUUGUAUCCAGUCAAUAGACAUUGGAUGUUGUAAGAAUUAAGUUUAAGGUCCAGAUCUUUUCCUUGAAAACAAACUUUGAAAAUGUCUUUUUAAGUGAAAACAAUGGAAUUUAUUUUACUGUUUUGAUAAAAAUCCUUUUUUCUGGAUAUGUGCUUUUGUUUUAAUUCAGAAAGAGAAAUAUUUUCUUAAGGUUCUUGGUUUUCACUUUCCAACUUCUGCUUUAAAUGUUUCUAGUUUUGCUGUAAGAAUCGAUUACUAUUUGUACAUUAUUCAUGUUUUUGGUUAUCUGUUGAUGAUAGUACAGUAAAAGGAGGCUGAUGAGAGUUUUACUUAUGAUUAAGCUCUUUGAAACUCUCCAAUUAGUAUACUAACAAUAUGUAAAGUAAUUUUAGAAGUUUUUUAAAAAACAGUGUUUUUUUAGAACAAUGCUUAAGAAUUUAUGAUAUACAGCAAAUUGAAUGUUAGUGUUGAAUAAUUAGUUUUAGCUUGAUUUAUUAUAAGGCAAGGUUGCAAAGCUUUUCAAGUCAUUCAAGAACUAAAAGAAUGCUAUAAAUAGAGUAUCAACCUA